AUGAAACAAAAUAAAAGUAAAACUAUUAUAGCAAAAGAUGACGAUGAUGAUAAUCAUGAUGAGCCAACAAUAAAAAAUCGUUUUACAAAAUAUAUGGUUACGAAAAAUAUAAAGAAAAAUAAAGAUAAAGAAACUCUAUUUGAUAAUAUUCAUAAACAAAAAUCAUCUAGUCAAAAUCAUAAACGAUCGAUUUCAACAAGAGUACCAUUAAAAAAACGUUUAUCUGUUCAAUUUUAUCCUGUUGAACAUGUUCAAUUUAUAUCAAGUCGAAAAGGAAAAAAGUGA